UGAAAUAGGGACGACUGGCGAGUAUGGUUGUUGGAUGGAGGGACCAAUUAUAAAAUAUACUCUCUCCGUUCUAUUUUAUUUGUCUCAAAUUAGUUAAGUUGAUGUCCAUUUUAUUUGUCUAAUUUUACUUAUUUAUAAAUUUUUCUUUCCAUGUUGCCUUUUUUUAAAAUUAAAAUAUAAAUAUAUUUAACAUGAAUACUUUGAUAAACUAAUUAUGUUAUUUAUUAUUUUUUUAAUUAUUGUGCAUAUAAUUUUGGACUAGUAAAAUAGGACGAGGGAGUAGUUACUAAUUUUUGUCUUUUAACUAACGUUACACUUUAGCUAAAUAAAAUACUCCCACUUAUUCUCGGAAGCAGUAUUAUUUAUUCAAUUGGUGUUUGUUGAAAUUUCAGAUUUGAACUUUGAAUUUUUUCUUAAUUUUAUUUUGAGCUGUAAAAAUGGCGGAACCGAAAGUUACGAUGGAUGUCGGAAACGACGGCGUUGCGAUUAUCAAAUUCUCUAAUCCUCCUGUGAAUGCUCUUGCUAUUCAAAUUUUCGCCGGAUUAAAGGAGAAAUGGAAUGAGGCAGCCAGGAGAAAUGAUGUCAAAGCUAUUGUUUUGACUGGAAGUGGUGGGAGGUUUUCUGGUGGUUUUGACAUCAAUGUUUUCGAGAAGGUUCAUAAAACAAAUGAUGUUACUCUAUUGCCUGAUGUUUCUGUUGAUCUCGUGACGAACACUAUGGAAGAUGGAAAGAAGCCUGCAGUGGCUGCCGUGGAAGGACUUUGUCUUGGAGGUGGCUUCGAAUUGGCAUUGGCAUGCCAUGCACGCAUUGCUGCGCCAAGAACACAACUUGGGUUGCCAGAGCUUAGCCUUGGAGUUCUUCCUGGCUCUGGAGGUACACAACGUCUUCCAAGGCUUGUAGGAUUAUCAAAGUCCGUCGAAAUGAUGAUGACAUCCAAACCAAUAAUGUCAGAAGAAGGGGAAAAGCUUGGCGUUAUUGAUGCUGUUGUCCCUUCCACAGAGUUGGUAAAAGUAGCUAGACAGUGGGCACUUGAUAUUGCAGAAAGGCGCAAACCUUGGGUGCGUUCCCUCCACAGGACUGAAAAAAUUGGUUCCAUUUCAGAAGCACAUGAAGUUCUGAAGUUGGCUAGGCAACAAGUGAAGCAAACAGCUCGGAAUAUGCCUCAGCACCUGGCAUGCCUUGAUGUAAUUGAAGAAGGCAUAAUCCAUGGUGGAUAUAAAGGGAUUAUCAAGGAAGCUAAAGUAUUUCAGGACCUUGUACUAUCAGAUACAUCAAGAGGUCUUGUUCAUGUAUUUUUUGCCCAACGAGCUACAUCAAAGGUACCGAAUGUAACUGAUGUCGGUCUGAAACCAAGGCCGAUAAAGAAAGUUGCCAUUAUAGGUGGAGGGUUAAUGGGUUCAGGCAUAGCUACCUCUCUUGUUCUGAGCAACAUAUUUGUUAUUGUGAAGGAAAUUAAUCACGAGUAUCUUCAGAAGGGGCUUAAAACAGUUGAAGCAAAUAUCCGAGGUUUGGUAGCGAGAAAGAAGCUGCAGCAGGACAAAGCAAACAAAGCUUUCUCAAUGCUUAAAGGUGCACUGGAUUACUCAGAAUUUAAGGACGUGGAUAUGGUCAUUGAGGCUGUCAUUGAAAAUAUUCCGCUAAAACAACAAAUCUUCGCUGAUUUAGAGAAGGCUUGUCCUCCCCACUGUAUUUUGGCAUCCAAUACAUCUACUAUUGACCUCAACAUAAUUGGGCAAAAGACGAGAUCUCAAGAUCGGAUUAUAGGGGCCCACUUUUUCAGUCCUGCUCAUGUGAUGCCUCUGCUGGAGAUAGUGCGGACAACAAAGACAUCUGCGCAAACAAUUCUUGACCUCAUGGCUGUUGGCAAAACAAUAAAGAAAGUACCUGUUGUAGUGGGAAACUGUACUGGUUUUGCUGUCAAUAGGACAUUCUUUCCAUACGCCCAGAGUGCACAUUUUCUCGCAAAUCUUGGAGUGGAUGUCUACAGGAUUGAUGCACAAAUCACUAGCUUUGGUCUCCCUAUCGGUCCAUUCCAGCUUCAGGAUUUAGCUGGAUAUGGAGUAGCUGUUGCAGUAGGGAAAGAGUAUCUUUCGGCUUUUUCUGAUAGAGUAUUUACCUCUCCAUUGCUUGACCUUCUAAUCAAAAGUGGGCGAAAUGGUAAAAAUAAUGGAAAAGGAUAUUACAUUUACAGAAAGGGAGAGAAGCCAAAACCUGAUCCUACAGUGCUUCCCAUUAUCGAGGAGUCCAGAAGGCUCACCAAUAUUAUGCCUGGAGGAAAGCCAAUAUCUAUAACUGAUCAAGAAAUUGUUGAGAUGAUUCUCUUUCCUGUUGUGAAUGAGGCAUGUCGUGUUUUGGAUGAUGGUAUCGUAGUCCGAGCAGCGGACCUUGACGUAGCUUCUGUACUUGGGAUGAGUUUCCCGUCUUACAGAGGUGGUAUUGUUUUCUGGGCAGAUACUGUUGGGGCUGGUCAUAUAUAUAAAAGUCUUCGCAAGUGGUCAGAAUUAUAUGGUAAUUUCUUCAAGCCAUCGAAGUUUUUGGAAGAGAGAGCAACAAAAGGCAUUCCCUUGAGCGCGCCUGCUUCUACGUCUUCAGGAUCAAGGUCACGCAUGUAGAAUAACCAAUGCAUUCGCGACUUCUGAUACUGUGGAAAUAGUAAGUCGUUCAAUAUGGCCCCUCCUCUGACCUCUCCGUCGUUAUGGUCAUAUGUUCUAGUGGUGCCAUGUAUAAGGACUGUUAGAAGUCUUAGAACAGUUCAAUUUCUAGUCUUUUUAAGUUACAGUGGUGUUGGCUUAUUGACAAGGAUGUUUUGAAUUUGCUUAAUUUCUUGAAUAAUGUUGGAAAACAUUCCAACUGUUAUUUCUUGUAGGUGGAAUUGUUUGACAAACACAUCUAUGACAUUCCGUUUUGACA